AUGGCGCAGCCACAGCGCGGCAAGGAUUCGCGGCGUGGGUCCGGCAAGCCCUCGGAGGAGGACAGGGGUGUGAGCGACGCCGCUGGACCUCUGGACCGCGCGGCGGCCUCGGCGCUGUCCGUCCGCCAGGCCUUCCGCGGCGCCCGCGUCUUCCUGACGGGAGCGACGGGCUACCUGGGCAGCUUGGUGCUGGAGCAGGUCCUGAGGGUGUGCCCGGAGGUGGACAGGGUGUACGUGAUGUCCAGGGGAAAGAAGUCCGCGAGCGCGAGGGACCGCGUGGAUCGCCUCCUGCGGUUGGGCCUGUUCCACAAGCUCUGGAACUCGCCGGACGUCUUGGCGAAGGUCCAUGUGAUCGAAGGCGACAUCACACGGGACGGCCUGAACCUCAGCGUGGAGGACUCAAAGGAAGUGCUGCGCAGCACUACGAUCUUCAUUCACUCGGCGGCGACCGUGGCCCUUGACGACCACAUCCAACACGCGUUAAAGAACAACUACGUGGCGACGCGGAACGUGUUGGAGCUGUGCGCCCACAUGACGCAGUUGAAGGCGUAUCUGCACGUGUCGACGGCUUUCGUCGGCGUCGCCCACGACAAGGGCAGCACCGUCCUGGAGAAAAUCUAUCCGCUCAUGGAUGGCGACGAGGUGGUCGAUCACCAAGAGCUGGCACACGAACUCUUGAGGAUGCCCGAGGAUGAGGCAGGUGUGCGCUGCAUGAUGUACUUGAAGCGGUGGAAAAUGGCCAAUACAUACUGCCUCAGCAAGCAUCUCGCCGAGCAGCUGGUGGCCAGCUACCACAGGAAGCCCUUCCCGGUGUGCAUCGUCCGACCGAGCAUGAUCAUCGGCUUGGCGGGCGCCCCUUAUCCCGGGUACCUGGGCAACCUCGCGGGAGGAGGAGGCUACACAAUUGCAUACGCGUUGGGGUUCUUCGAGAAGAGCGGCCAUGCUUGGUAUCCCCAAUCUGUCAUCGACGUCAUCCCCGGGGACGUCGCCUCAUCUGUGGUCCUCGCAGCGGCGGCGUCCACUUUGAAGGGCCCUCUUCGGGCACGGCAUCUGGAGGGCGAGCCCAUGAUUUUCCACGCCACAAGCUCCACGACGUAUCCGGCAACCAACUACCAAACGUAUCUCUACGCGAAGCGAUUUUUCACAAAGAAUCCUCCACCCUUCUGCCUCUUGCCCUUUGGAUACCCUGAUUAUCCAGCAGAUUACGUCCCUUGCCCCUACCGGCUGUGGCUUGCAAAGUCCUGCACAUCCAUGAAGGUGCACGCCCUGUGCUACUUGAUGCGCUUGUUCGGAAAGGCGCGCGAAGCACAACGGCUGUACACGGGGUGGAAGGCGUGGGCCUACGCCAACAGCGAAAGCCACGAUUUCGACUUGUACUUCAGCUGCUCGAACACCAAGGCGCUGGACGGGGCUCUGGUGGAGGACGAGAGGAACGACAUACGAUGCCUGUGGACGAGGCAAACGGGGGAUUGGCAUCGGUAUUCCCGGACAUACAUGGCUGGAAUAUUGAAGCUUUUUCUGAGGAAAAAUACAAAAACGGAUGACCACGACUUCAAGUUCAUUGCCCCAAAGCAGGGGCCUCUGUCAAGAAACCCAUGA